AUGACUCGUCUCUUACGUGGUGAUGUGCAAUUAGCUACUGGUUAUUCGGAGCCUACUCGUGAAAUGGAUGCCGUAAUAAAACCUUCAAGCUUGAAACCAAUUCAAAUCGGUGGUGAACAAAGAGGUAUGAAUUCAUAUAUUUUGAAUGACAAAUAUACACUUCGUCUAUCGAGUUCCAUUCGUUUACCAUGCAUUGAUAUUGUUGCCAAAUAUCAGUUCUAUUACAAAGCAUUGACAAGCAUUAGUACAGGAAUGUAUUAA